AACAUCAACAAGUUGUGUAAAUAAUUUUUUACACGAUUUACACAAAAAUAUAGAUUGUUUUAAAUAUUUAAUACUCUUAGUACCAUUGGAAAACAAUAACUAUGUCGCAGCAGCAAACCAAAAACUCAAUCACGUUGCGUGGAUCAGCACAAAUAAUAUGCGAAUAUCUGAAUUUCGCCAUCAAUUCAGUUCUUUUCCAAAGAGGAUUGUACCCGCCAGAAACUUUCAAAGCACAACAACAGUAUGGCUUAACAUUGUUAAUAUCAGAAGAUGCUCAAAUUAAUUCAUUUCUUACCAAUCUAUUGAGUCAAAGUGAAGAAUGGAUAGUCAAUAAAAAAGUAAGAAAAAUAUCACUCAUCAUAAUCAAUGUAGCCAACAAAGAAGUAUUAGAAUGUUGGGAUUUCAAAGUACAAUAUGAGGAUGGGGAUGCCGAACUUUCAAAAGAAAAGAAAGAAAUGGUUUCCAGCAAAGACUUGAAGAAGAUACAACAGGAGAUACGAGAUGUGAUGUUACAAGUCGCAGCUACCAUUUCAUACUUGCCAUUCCUUGACUGUCGAUGCUCUUUCGAUGUGCUGGUGCAUGCGCAGACUGAUUGUGAUAUUCCAGAAAAGUGGUCUGAGGCUGAGCCAGUUGUAAUAUCUAACGCACAAAAUGUACAGCUUAAAUCAUUCUCAACUAAUUUACAUAAAAUGGAGACAGUAGUUAGUUAUAAGCUGGUAGAAUAGUCUUGUAAUUUUACUCUGUACAGGUUUAAUUUAUUCUGUCUGCUAAUUCUCUUUUUUUUUACGCUCCACACCACGUCAGUCUGGCCCCGU